AUGCUACAUCGUGCUAAGAAAGAUAAAGUUGUCAAUAUUAGAAGAACGCGACAAGAGGUGUACUUUAGGAGGAUUAAACUUAAGGCCGAAUUAGAUGAUAUCGCAGAUAAAAUGCUGGCAGAGUUGUCGACCUUGGAGAAAGAACUGCUGGCCCAGUGUAAUAAAAUUUGUCAACAUUUCGAGAAGAAGACUGAAGAACUGACGCGUCUUCUUGAAAAAAACGCGGGAAAUGUUUCACAAAAAGAGUCAAGCUUUGCUGACGGAAGUAUUGACCGCGAUCUGUUGAAGGACAUGUUUGGUGUAUUACGCCUCCUGAAUUAUUAUGAGAAGAUCAAAAUCGACAGUAACCACGUUCAACGACUCUCAAGGUUUACUGUUACUCAACAAAAGGCAGUAUUCGGUAUAUGUCCAGUGGACGACAGCCAUGCGUGGUUAUCAAUACACGAACACAAAGGUCUGGUCCUGGUCGACAUGGAUGGCGUGGUCACAGAGGAAGUGGAACUGAACUUCCGUCCGUACACAAUCGCCAUGAUAGGGACAACAGACGUACUUAUUACUAGCAAUCCAUGUAGUACAUUCGUGUAUAAAUUAUCACUACACAACAAACAAGUGACAACAUUUGCCGACACCAGUCCACAUCAAGCAAGGGACAUCAGUAACAAGAUAGGCGAGGUGUUAGUUUGUAUCGCGACACUAGACAUAGUGGUACUGAAUCAGUCAGGUACGAUUGUAAGGACGUUUUACUGUUGGAAGGAUAGAUCAUUUAAUAUAACCAGUUUGUCAUCAGGACGCCUGGGCGUGGUGGUAGGUGACUGGGGAAGUAGGGAAAUAAUCAUAACAGACGAGUCAUAUAAUACGGUAAAACAAAGAUGGACCGGUGAACUGGACAACGGUCGAACAGCUCGCGAUAUCUUCCUACGUAAGAUGUCGUGUGACGAGUACGACAGACUAUUUAUACCAGACUACAGAAACAACCAGGUGUACGUCCUACCGAGCGAUGAGAAACAAGCCAAGUGCCUUCUGGAUCAGAAACAUGGAGUGGUUAAACCUACAGCUGUGAGUGUGGACAAGUUUGGGAACGUGUGGAUCGGAUGUAUGGACGGUACUGUACACGUCAUGCUACUGUAA